AUGUCGGAUGCACCUAUCAUCGAUACUAACUCGUCACUCCUAGUGGGAGAGCAGACAUGUCAACGGUUUACUCUUUCCGAGAUUCAAUUGGCAACCAACAACUUUGACGAGACUUUAGUCAUUGGGAGCGGUGGAUUCGGCAACGUGUAUAAAUGUGAUGUCAGCAAGAUUGGGUGUGGAAGCGAAGUUGCAGUUAAACGGUUGCGUACCAUGUCGAAACAAGGAGCCCAUGAAUUUGAGGCGGAAGUUAAGGUCCUUUCCAAGCUGCGGCAUGCCAAUCUUGUAUCCCUGGUUGGUUAUUGUAUUGAAGGGCAAGAGAUGGCCCUUGUUUACGAGUUCAUGCCUAAUGGUACUCUUAAAGAUCAUCUUCGCAAAGCUGAUUGUGCCUUAUCUUGGUCACAACGACUCAAGAUAUGCAUAGGUGCAGCUCGGGGAUUACACUACCUUCACACAGGUACAUCAACUCAACAUGGAGUUAUCCACCGGGAUGUAAAGACCUCGAAUAUUUUGUUGGAUGCAAAAUUUGCUGCUAAAAUUUCUGACUUUGGAUUGGCCAAGGUUGGCCCAAUAGAUCAGACACGAACCUAUGUGAUCACCAAUGUCAAAGGGACAUUUGGCUAUUUUGAUCCGUGUUACUUCUAUACUGGAAAAUUGAAUAGAAAAUCUGAUGUUUACGCUUUUGGAGUUGUAUUGUUUGAGGUGUUGUCCGGAAAGCAGGCAGUAGAUUCAACGCUUGAUGAAGAGCCACAGGGUUUAGCACCUUGGGCUCAACGCCAAAUCAAAGAAGGAAAACUCGAUCAAAUUAUUGACCCAAAACUGAUGGGACAAAUCUCUAGAAAAUGCUUGAAGAAGUUUGUAAAAAUAGCAUGCCAUUGUUUACGUGACAAACAAAAAGAACGCCCUACCAUGGAUGAGGUUAUCUUUAGGCUCGAGUGUAUUCUGUCAAAAGAAAGGGAAAACAAAGAUUCUAUCGUUUACAAGUUAAGAGCUUUUUUUACAGCCACAGUUGACAUUAUGUUGGAUCGGGAGGUAGGAAAAAAAUCUGUGAUUCCCGGUGUUGCAGUAGGAAGCAACUCUAUAAUGUCUGGUGUUGCACCAGGAAACGAAUCUGUGAUGUCUGGUGUUGUGGUAGGAAGAAAUUCUGUGAUGCUUGGUGGUGCAGUCAGAAGCAAAUGUAUGAUGUCGGGUGUUGUGGUAGGAAGCAAAUCUGUGAUGCCCGGUGUUGCAGUAGGAAGCAACUCUGUAAUGUCUGGAGUUGCAGUAGGAAGCGAAUCUGUGAUGUCUGGUGUUGCGGUAGGAAGAAAAUCUAAGGCGCUUGCUUUUGCAGUUAGAAGAAGCAAAUCUGUGAUGUCUGGUGUUACAGUAGGAAGCAAAUCUGUGAUGCCCGAUGUUGCAGUAGGAAGCAACUCUGUAAUGUCUGGUGCUGCAGUAGGAAGCGAAUCUGUGAUGUCUGGUGUUGCAGUAGGAAGAAAAUCUAAGGCGCUUGCUUUUGCAGUCAGAGGAAGCAAAUCUGUGAUGUCUGGUGUUGCAGUAGGAAGCAAAUCUAUGAUGCCCAAUGUUGCAGUAGGAAGCAACUCUGUAAUGUCUGGUGUUGCAACAGGAAGCGAAUCUGUAAUGUCGGAUGUUGCAGUAGGAAGUAAAUCUGUGAUGCCCGGUGUUGCAGUAGGAAGCAACUCUGUAAUGUCUGGAGUUGCAGUAGGAAGCGAAUCUGUGAUGUCUGGUGUUGCAGUAGGAAGAAAAUCUAAGGCGCUUGCUUUUGCAGUCAGAGGAAGCAAAUCUGUGAUGUCUGGUGUUGCAGUAGGAAGCAAAUCUGUGAAUCAGGAUGGUAAAGUUGUUAGCAAAUAUGAAUUUAGUGCUCACCAUAUCCAGAAUUUUACAACUGGAAGUAUCAGAACAUUUACAUACGAUGAGUUGGUAAGUGCAACAAGUGAUUUCAAAGACAUGGAGCAUUCUCCAACUUCUUACAAAUCCGUUUACAAAGGUUGGGUUGAUGAAAAGUCAUAUGCACCAACAGAAUGUGGUGUUGGCUUGGCGAUAUAUGUUAGGAAGGAGAUUCUAACCUGGAAGCUGAACUUGAAACUAUUAGAAUUCAGUCAUCCCAAUAUUACCAGACUUUUGGGAUAUUGCUUGUCUAAUGUAACGAUGUUUUGGGUAUACGAGCUCUUUCCAGGGAUAUGCUUAGAUGAUCUUCUAUUCAAAGAUCCAGACACAACUACACUUUCUUGGGCUGCACGAUUGAAAAUAGCACAAGGGGCAGCUCAAGGCCUGUCUUUCUUCCAUCGGAGGAAUCGUCCAGCAUAUAAUAGUUUUGAUGGCAAUCAUAUAUUGGUGGACAGGGAUUUUAAUGCUCGGCUUUUGGAUUAUGAAAUAGACAAUUUACUUGCCCCACCUGGCUGCUCUACUUUUGAAAGAAACAAAUCGGAUGGUAUUUUUGGACGUGUGCCUGGAGAUGAAACCGGAGUGCAGAGUGAGAUCUAUGAUUUUGGAGUGGUACUGCUGAAAAUGCUAACAGGGAUGAAGAAGUAUGAUGAAAGGAUACCUCUCCAACAGAAAAAUUUGAUGGAAUGGGCUACUCCAUUACUAGCGAAUAAGGUAAAUUUGCGAAUGAUUAUGGACCCUCAACUUCAACAUAAUGAUCAUCCUCCAAAGGGAGCAUUUGAGUUGGCUCAACUUGUUUCAAAGUGUCUUCAGCCAACUCGAGACAAAAAUCUCUCAAUUGAAGAAAUCUCCCAAGUCUUCAAAGAACUCAUUUCAAAGCUUGCCAAUGAAUCUGAAGUGGCAUCAUGCAUAACCUGGGAGAAACGAUUAAUGGCAAACGAUACGUUUGGCCUUGUGAAGGCCAAAUACUAUAAUGAGCCCACCGGUUUCCGAUCAGGUGUAGGAUCAACACUAGGUGACCCGUCCAUGGAGUUGAGAACAGUAUAA